AUGCCUCCAAAAAAGAAAACUUCAGGCAAAAUAAUCGACGGCGUGGAUACGACGUCGAUGACCAGAGAACAACUGGAAGAAUUCGCGCAAAGGAUAAAAGAAGAAAAUGAUCGAGAACGCGAAGAAAGAAACUUUUUCCAAAUGGAAAGGGACAAAAUCAAAACGUUCUGGGAAAUCACGAAAGCCGAACUGGAAGAGGCCCAAGCGCAACUAAGAAAUAAAGAUCGUCUCAUUGAAGAAGGCGAAGAAAAGAAUGAAGAAGAAAUAACGGUUUACAAACAACGAUUGAAGCUUGUACAAUACGAUCACGAACUCAAUUUAACAGAAUCUCGAGCUGAGACUUUGGUACUUCUAAAAGAGGCUCAAGACGAUUACGCAAAACAAGAAAGAGAUUUACUCCAAGAUAAAAGAGAUUUAACGAAGUUAAUCGAAGAGCAAGAAUUGAGUUAUGAAGCCAAGAUGAAAGCCGUAAAACUUGAACAUGCCGAGGAACUAACAAAAGCAAGAGUUGAUUUUGAAAGCCGAAUCAAGGAAAUUGAUGAAACGUACGAAAAAGAAACAGAAGAUAUGAGAUCUUACUUAACGUUAAAGUACGAAAUGAAGAUAUCGAUGUUAGAGGAACGCAAGAACCAACACAUUUCAGAAAUGACCAAAAACCACGAAACGGCCUUUAAUGAAAUGAGAAGCUACUACAACGAUAUCGUUUUAAAUAAUCUAGCUCUAAUAAGUUGCUUGAAAGAUCAAAUGGAAGUAUUACGAAAGAACAACGAAAAGAUGAACAAACAAGUAGCGGAUUUAAUAGUUGAAAACAAAAGAUUGGACGUCCCUUUGAACAAAGCUUUGGAAGAGGUUAAAGAUUACAAAAAACAAUUGCAGAGUUACGAAAGAGACAAACUAGCAUUGAAUAAUAAUAAAUUGCAACUGGCGCAAAAAAAUAAAGAACUCGAGGAGUUACAGUGGUCCUAUGAUGCACUUGAAUUGCGCUUUGAAAGUUCGGAGAAAGAAAGAGAUGAACUGCAUAACAGAUUUGUUAAAGCUGUUAUGGAGGUACAACAGAAAUCAGGUGAGUAUUUUAGUAUUAACAGAUAUAAUUUACGAGACGACUGA